AGUCGUUAAAAGCUGUUCCCGGGCCUGGCCCACCCGCCAGCCACAGACGCUGAGGCCAGGUGAGAAAGGGCUGUGGCACCUGGGCUCUGCCGCCUGGCAGCUACGGGACCCCAGAGCGCGAAGGUUUACCGCCUUCACGAAGCCCGGGCCGGUGGCCGGGUAGGGGCAGCGAGGCUGGGUCGCGUACUUCGCGGCCACAAGGAAAGGAGAGCACGACCUGUCCAGGACCGGGUACCAGACAGCGGAGGUUUCGCUCGACUCCCAAGACGUGCCGGAUUGUUUGGUAGCAGGGCCUCCACUAUAAGGACUCUGAACUUGGGGGCGAUAUAUACCUUUUAAGGACACGCGUUUCUCUCUAACGACUCCGAACUAGGAAGACACUUCCAUUUUAAGGAUACCGGCCGGGUUUGGGGAUCAACGUUUCACUUUGGAGGGGAGGGCGUGUAUGUAGGACGCCCUCUUAAGGUUUCCCUCCACCCCGCCCAUGGCACUACCCGGCUCCUCACAGAACCAGGCCUGGAGCCUGAAACCUCCCACUCCCACGGGCCCUACCUCCUUGUCCUUGGGCUCCCAGGAGCGGGAGGGCGCUGGGAGCCCAGGAGUGUCCGGGGGUCUUCCCUUGGAGAAGGUGAAACGGCCCAUGAACGCGUUCAUGGUGUGGAGCUCCGCCCAGCGCCGCCAGAUGGCGCAGCAGAACCCGAAGAUGCACAACUCAGAGAUCUCCAAGCGCCUGGGUGCGCAGUGGAAGCUGCUGGGCGAGGAUGAGAAGCGGCCCUUCGUGGAAGAGGCUAAGCGGCUCCGGGCCCGGCACCUGCGCGACUAUCCCGACUACAAGUACCGGCCCCGGCGCAAGACCAAGAGCGCGGGCGCCGGAUCGCCCAACUUCGGCCAGGGAGGCAGCGGCGUGGCUGGCGGCGGGCCGGUCUGGGGGCCUGGGUAUGCGACCACCCAAGGGAGCAGAGGCUUUGGGUACCAGCCCCCCAACUACUCGACAGCCUACCUGCCUGGCAGUUACGGCUCUUCCCACUGUAAACCGGAGGCCCCCUCACCGUGCUCUCUCCCUCAGAGUAACCCAAGGCUCCAGAGAGAGCUGCUCCCCUCUUACAGCCCCUACCCACCCCCAGGCUCUCCCACUCUGUACAACCCUCCCCUUCCAGGGGCCCCCAUGCCCCUAACCCACCUUUAACCUUCAUGGACGUGACCUCCCAGAAAGGUUUCCAUCUUCCUUUCCUACCCAGAAGUACCUCCCCCGCCCCACCACCAUUCCCAGACUGCAAACCCUUUUUUUUAGAACUGUGUUGGACCACACUUCCGAAGAGGUGGGCAUUCCCGCCCCUAAACGCUUGAAAGCCAGGGGGGACAACACAACAGUUUUGUUUUUGUUUUGUAGGCCGAACAGUUUUCAGUUUUGUACAAUUAAACCAUGUCUCUGAG